AUGGUCUUCGCUUCCUUCAUCCGCUCCGGCGACGAUGUCAAGGCUAUCCGUGAGGUUCUUGGCGAGGACGGCAAGGACAUCCAGAUCAUCUCCAAGGUCGAGAACCAGCAGGGUGUCAACAACUUCGACGACAUCCUCCGCGAGACUGACGGUGUCAUGGUCGCCCGUGGUGACUUGGGUAUCGAGAUNCCCCCUGCCCAGGUCUUCAUCGCCCAGAAGAUGAUGAUCACCAAGUGCAACAUUGCCGGCAAGCCCGUCAUUUGCGCCACCCAGAUGCUCGAGUCCAUGACCUACAACCCCCGCCCCACCCGCGCUGAGGUUUCCGACGUCGGUAACGCCAUCCUUGACGGUGCCGACUGUGUCAUGCUUUCCGGCGAGACUGCCAAGGGUAACUACCCCAAGGAGUCCGUUUCCAUUAUGCACGAGACCUGCCUGCUCGCCGAGGUCGCCAUCCCCUACGUCAACGCCUUCGACGAGCUCCGCAGACUUGCUCCCAUCCCCGUCCCCACCACCGAGUCGUGCGCCAUGGCCGCCGUCUCUGCCUCGCUCGAGCAGAACGCUGGUGCCAUCCUCGUCCUCUCUACCAGUGGUAACACCGCCCGCCUCAUCUCCAAGUACAGACCCGUCUGCCCCAUCAUCAUGGUCUCGCGUAACUCGCGCGCCACCCGCUAUUCGCACCUUUACCGUGGUGUCUGGCCCUUCCACUACCCCGAGCAGAAGCCCGACUUCAAGAAGGUCUCAUGGCAAGAGGAUGUCGACAAGCGUCUCAGAUGGGGUAUCAAGCACGCCAUCGAGCUCGGUAUCCUCACCAAGGGCGACCCCGUUGUCACCGUUCAGGGCUGGAGAGGCGGCAUGGGCCACACCAACACCCUCCGCAUCGUUCCCGCCGAGCCUGAGGACCUUGGCCUUGACCUCGAGGCUUAG